AGAUUUUUGAUAAUAAUCAAAAAUGAUAUAUAGGUACACCUAAAUAUCGAAUUCAUCUAUGACAUAAUUAUAAUUUCUUGCACGAAUUGAGUUCAAAGAGAAAACGUUUUUGUAAUAAAUUAAAUAAGUGAAACAACGACUUUCUCCGCGCAGUUAAAAUUUAUCGCAGUUAUCACUGUGUAGAUAAAAAGCUUCGUCGGUAUUAAUAUACUCAGAACUUUUUUUGAUAUAUAUAAAAAAAUUUUCUGUCAGUGUUGGAAUGCGAUUAUUAGACGUUGUUCAAACAUUAAAAUUAUUCUCAAAUUUAUAAAUAAAUUAGAAAGAAAACAACAUUAAAUGUGAAUAAUAAUAAUGGCAUUACGAGAAGGUGAUGCAAAACCGGCAGCAAUUAUUUUGGGAGGUUGCGGGUUCAUAGGACGUAAUCUUGUUGAAUAUUUGCUUGAUAAUGAAUUGGUCUCGUUCUUGAGGGUCGUUGAUAAAGUUCCUCCACAAACUGCAUGGCUCAAUGGAAAACAUAAAAAAUUAUUCGAACAUCCGCUAGUUGAAUUUAAAAGUUCAAAUCUUAUUAAUCCAGUUUCUUGCCAAAGUGCAUUCGCCGCGGACAUUCACAUUGAUUAUGUGUUUAAUUGUGCUGGUGAAACGAAAAGUGGACAAACAGAUCCUAUUUAUAGAGAAGGAAUUUACAAAUUAAGUAUGAAUUGUGCUCAACAAGCUGCAAAUAUUGGUGUUGAUCGUUUUAUUGAAAUUUCGUCUGGGAAUGUGAAUUCAUUCGAAAAGAUUCCACAUAAGGAAGAUGAUGCCACAGAUCCGUGGACAUUUACGGCAAAAUAUAAAUUGCAAGUUGAAUCGGAGAUAAAAAAUAUUUCAAAUUUAAAAUGCACAUUUUUAAGGCCCGCUAUUGUCUAUGGACCCGGCGAUAGAAAUAGUUUAGCUCCUCGAUUAAUUAUUGGAGCAGUUUAUAAACAUUUAGGAGAAAUGAUGAAAUUACUUUGGGGACCAGAUCUUCAUAUGAAUACUGUUCAUGUGAAAGAUGUGGCACGUGCCAUUUGGCAUGUUGCUAAUAAAACUGAGGCUAUUGGUCAAAUUUAUAAUCUUGUCGAUGAUGGUAAUUCCACACAGGGAACAAUUAGUGCCAUUAUAUCGGAAAUUUUCAAUAUAAAUCACGAUUAUUGGGGUAUUGCCUUGUCAACUUUGGCGAAAUCGGACAUGAAUUCCGUUGUUGAGGAAAUAAAUGACAAACACAUGGGUCCUUGGGCUGAAAUAUGUAAAGCAGAUGGCAUUGAAAAUAGUCCUUUGUCACCUUAUAUCGACCAGGAACUUCUUUACAACAAACACUUGUAUUUGAAUCCCGGAAAACUCUCAGCCGACACUGGAUUCAAAUAUCUUUAUCCCAAAUUGUCAAAAGAUGCUCUCAAGGAAGUAAUUGACGAUUUUAUUGCAAUGAAUAUUUUUCCUCACUCCAUAGUCUUGUAAAAUGGAAUGAAACAAAGUUAAACCAUGAGUCAUUUCCCCUUUUUUUUGGCGUCCAAAGAUGCAGAAGAAAGCAUUUUCACGUUGUGCCUGAAAAUUUGCAUAAUAACAAACGACAAAAAAAAAAAAAACACACAAACUUUUGAUACCUGGAAGGUACGACGUUUCGCUUCGCGGACAGUCAGAAAACAAAGAUAUUUAACGUUUAUGGCCUAUUAGAAACGUUUGUGAUAAAAUAGUAAAUAAUGUACUUAAUUUAUAAUAUACAUAUAUAUGCUCCGGAACCUUUGAAAACAAAUGGCACUAGUCAAACCCAAAGGUUUUUUUUUUUAGAUAUUAUACAAUAUUAAAAAUAUUUCCCUGACAGUCUCGAGACUAAAAUUUGCUAAUGAAGAUAAGGAAUGAGAUAGAAAAAGUCAAAUCAAAACUUAGUACAACUAUUUUCUUAUUUUUAUGUGAAAAAAAAGCAAUUUAUAAUUUUUAAAAAUUAAUAAAAGUGUGUACAAUUUUAUUUUUGAUACUUCGAAUUUCAAAAAAAAAUUAAAAAUUUCUACGAUUGAGAAACAUUUUUAGAUUUACGUGACUGGAAUAGUUUUUUUUCACACUUUUUAAAAAUUUUAAAUUGCGUUUUAACUUGAAAAUAAGAAAAUAUGAAGUUGAACUAACUUUUAAAUUGACUGUUCAUUCCAUUUUUUUUUUUUUUUUUUUUUUAAAGAAAUUAUUAAAUUACAGUAAAAAUAAACAAAAUGUUUCAAAAGAAAAUAAAAUUGUUCUAUUUUUAAAACGGAAUAAAUAAAAAAAAUUUAUUAAAUUACAAAUAAUAAACAAAAUAUUUCAAAAGAAAAGAAAAUAGAAAAAUUGUUUUUCUAUAUUUUAAAAAUUAAAUAUAUAAUUAAUUUUUACUAUCUUUUCUUAAAUUAACUUUUAGUCAAAGAUUGUCGUGGAUAAAUUUUUAUUAAGAUGAAGUUUAAUGGCUCGUUAAUAAUUAUACAAGAGUCAUAUACCUGUAUAAUUAGUCUCAAUAAUUAAAUACAAUAUUAUAUAUUAUAUACUCUUUAAUAUUCAAAGUCUUCGAUAUUUUUCAUUUCAACACAAAAAAAAAAAUCGUUUAUUAAAAACGAAAAUUGCAUAAUGAAAUUGAAAUUAGUGGUAAUAAAACGAUUUUUACCAGCUUUUUUUUAUUUAAAUUAUAUGAUACAUUCCACAAUGAAUAGAAACGAAAGAUCGCAAGAUAAAUUUAAUGAAAAUCAGAACCAACUUCUCAGAUAACCAACUAUAUAUCUAUUGUUAUCAUAAUAUUGAACUUUAAUAUUAUAAUAUUUAAACAAGGUAAAAUUGUUAAAAUUGUAUUUGAAAAGUUCAAUUAAUUUUAGCACUAUUGUGCGUAUGCAAAUUUAUAAUACGAUGGCAUUUAUAUACGAAUUGUUUUAUAACAAAAAAUAAAGUAUAAUAUUUUCUCAUAUAAUAAUGAGAAUGAAUAAAAAAAAAAUCAACCAUA